CAGUCUCAGUGGGGAAGACCUGCUGGUGGUUAGAUUUCAUCCUCUUCAGUCUCAGUGGGGAAGACCUGCUGGAGGUUAGAUUUCAUCCUCUUCAGUCUCAGUGGGGAAGACCUGCUGGAGGUUAGAUUUCAUCCUCUUCAGUCUCAGUGGGGAAGACCUGCUGGAGGUUAGAUUUCAUCCUCUUCAGUCUCAGUGGGGAAGACCUGCUGGUGGUUAGAUUUCAUCCUCUUCAGUCUCAGUGGGGAAGACCUGCUGGAGGUUAGAUUUCAUCCUCUUCAGUCUCAGUGGGGAAGACCUGCUGGUGGUUAGAUUUCAUCCUCUUCAGUCUCAGUGGGGAAGACCUGCUGGAGGUUGGAUUUCAUCCUCUUCAGUCUCAGUGGGGAAGACCUGCUGGAGGUCUUUGGACAUCCAAAGUGUCUCUUCAGGAGGAUCUGCUGGUUGCCAUGGUUUCCAUGCAAGAGGGCUUUGAUAAAGAUCAAAGUUUCCAGAACAAGAAGUUGCUCCAGAAGAACCUCAGGUUGUUACCCUCCUCCAGGAGGACACCAAGUCUUGUUCUACCGUCAGAUGGAUUCUUCCAGCGAGGAUGAAAGUCAUGGUCUGCUUGAAGUGAUGAGCAGUAAAUUCCAGAAGGUGUGAAAGUGCUCCUGACCCGUGAUGACUGAGCUUUGGAUGCAAACGUGGAUCCUUUCUUCCCGCCUUCUCGGCCAUUUUGCCGACUGUGAGGCAUCUGGGAGCUGACACCAUGAACAACCUUUCCCUCUCGGUGUGUCAGUCCACCAGCCUCCAGCAGCACGGAGAUCAGGACAACGGGAGUCACGCUCACACCAGGAAGUGCUGGCAAGACUACAGCGGCUCCCCCAAGAACUGGUCAGCACUUCUGAUCCUGGCCGUCAUCGCCAUCACCGUGAUGGGCAACAUCCUGGUCAUCCUGGCCGUCUCCCUGGAGAAGAAGCUGCACAACGCCACAAACUACUUCCUGAUGUCCCUGGCAGUGGCAGACAUGCUCCUGGGUCUGCUGGUCAUGCCCGUAUCCAUGGUGACAGUCUUCUAUGAUUACAGCUGGCCUCUGCCUUCUCACCUCUGCCCUGUGUGGAUUUACCUGGAUGUGUUCUUCUCAACAGCGUCCAUCAUGCACCUGUGCGCUAUCUCUCUGGACCGAUACAUUGCCAUCCGCAACCCCAUCCACCACAGUCGUUUCAACUCGCACACAAAGGCUCGCAUCAAGAUCAUGGCAGUGUGGACCAUCUCUGCAGGCAUCUCCAUGCCCAUUCCAGUGAUGGGUUUGCGCAACCAUGCCAAGGUGUUCAAAGACGGCAGCUGCCUACUGACGGACAACAACUUUGUGCUGGUGGGAUCCUUUGUGGCCUUCUUCAUCCCGCUCACCAUCAUGCUGGUCACAUACUUCCUGACCAUCAAGGCCCUGCAGAAUGAAGCCACCUUGUGUUUGCACCAGCUGGUGCCGGCGUUUACGCUGAGUUUCUUCCCGCGAAGCUCGCUGUCUUCAGAGAAGCUCUUCAGGCGCUCCAUCAGUAGGGAGGGCGGCAGCAGAGGGAGCGGUGGCGGUCUGUCGGGAGCACGGGGGAGCGUGUCUGGUUCUUUGUUUGUCCGCCGCACCCUGUUGUCCAUCAGCAAUGAACAAAAAGCAUCCAAAGUCCUCGGCGUGGUGUUUUUCCUCUUUGUGGUCAUGUGGUGUCCCUUCUUCAUUACCAAUGUGCUGGUGGUGAUGUGUGCCCCGACCGACUGCGACGCUGGCCUCAUGGGAGGCCUGCUCAAUGUUUUUGUGUGGGUGGGCUACCUGUCCUCUGCUGUCAACCCGCUGGUCUACACCCUGUUUAACAAGACCUACCGCGCGGCGUUCCUGCGUUUCCUGCGCUGCCAGUACACACCCAACAAGAAGCCCCUCCAGCUCAUCCUGGUCAACACCAUCCCGCCCCUUGCGUUCACCUCCAUCGGCACGUUAGGCCACGCAGCUGCGCCCUCUUUUGGGGAGAUGAAGGAACUUUCUUUAGCCGGGCAGGAGGAAGAACCUGGUAGGCGCCUCGGCGGCAAGAAGGAAGAUAAAGAUGAGACUUGUGUGUGAAGAGACACAUUUUACUUGUCCUAAUAAAAGACCAGCAGACCUUACUCACAGACCACCUGACCUAAGUCACUGAAGUAUUGUAUACACUAACUGAUCAUGCCUCAAAGCAUGGCUCCAAGAAAGGAGACCUUCUCAAACGUGUCAACGUCAGCUUGAAAAUAACUUUUGUUUCUUCUGAGCAAGUUGGAGCUUUGUGAAAUGUUUGCCUUUGUACUGUCAGACCUUUGGAUGCAGCAACUAUACAUUGUGUCUCAAAUGGAAUGUCUCCGUCUUAGAAGGAUAUUGUGUACUUAGU